AUGAAAGUCAAAGGAUUCCGGGAUUUCAAAGCAUAUGAAAUCAAAACAGCUCUCGUCCAAGCUACGACAGGCUUCACCAGCUGCGGCCAGGGUACAGGAACAGACCAGACCAACCACCGCGGCACAAUGACAGAUCAAAAAGACGGCCACUUCACCCGGCCAGCGAGCACAUUCCGAAACUUUAUUUCCAAAGCAGCCGGCUCCAAGUAUCCGCCGGAAGCAAACCGCUAUGCGUUGUAUCUGUCGCCUGGUUGUCCCUGGGCGCACCGCACGCUCAUCGUGCGGCGACUUAAAGGCCUCGACUCUCUCAUUGACUUACACCUCUUAGCCAUGCAUAUGGGCCCCGAGGGGUGGGUUUUCGGCGGAGAGAACGGCCAGCCAGCCGAGGACCCGUUGCACCCGGGCUUCACCAAGAUCAAGCAGCUGUACGAACAUGCCGACCCGAACUUCAAGGGCCGCUACACCGUGCCGGUGCUGUGGGACAAGAAGACAGACACCAUGGUCAACAACGAAAGCUCCGAGAUCAUUCGCAUGUUUUACUCGGAAUUCGAUGACCUCCUCCCCGAGCACCUGCGCGAAAGUACAAAGGAGAAGCAGGGUGGUGGCAUCUUCCCCGAGCACCUGAGGGGGCAGAUCGAGGAGAUGAAUGAGUGGGUGUACAAUACCGUGAACAACGGAGUGUACAAGACAGGGUUUGCGACGACCCAGGAGGCGUACGAGGCCAACCUGUACCCCCUGUUCGAGUCCCUCGACCGGCUGGAGAACAUCCUGGCGCAGCACAAGAAGCCGUACCUGUUUGGGGACCACAUUACCGAGGCGGAUGUGAGGCUGUAUACGACGCUGAUCCGCUUCGAUGUCGCUUACCACAGUGUGUUCAUGUGCAACCGCAAGUCGAUCCGCCAUGACUACCCGAAUCUGUACUUGUGGCUGCGCAGGUUGUAUUGGGACCGGGACGACGGCGGACAGGCUCGGGGGGCUUUCUAUGAGACCACCGAGCCGUACUUGAAGCAUUACGGUAAGGGUUACGCCGCAGCGCGUAACAAGAUUGUGUUCCAGGACAAGGUGCCAUUGAUUACACCUGCGGGGCCUGCGAUUUUGAUUGAUCCUUUGCCGAAUGCGUAG